CACAAUUUGAGUUGAUCAUUUAAUAAACAUCAUUAGUUGAUUUCUUCUGAAGAAUUACUUUGUUAAUUGUUGUAAAAUUGUAACAAUUAGACUAAUUGUUUGUAUGUUUAAUCUCCAGUUGAGUGAUAAUAUUUUUCUACCUGUGAUGAUUAAAGUAUCUUUAAUAAGGAUUCAAGUCUUUUGGACACUCCCUCAUUGAGAGAGAGAAAGAGAGAGAGAGAGAGAAAAACAUAUUCUUUUGUUGCAACUUUUUUCUAUUCUCUUUUGAUGAUUUUCUCUUUCUUUUCUUUCUUCAUUUACCUGUUAAAGUCUUUUACCUUUUUGUUUUGUGUGUGAAGAAAAAAAAAGUGACUUCUCUUUCUCUCUUCUUUCUCUCCGUAAUGAGUAACGGUUAAUUUUGAUUAAUUUUCUUCUCUUUUUUUUCUAUUUAUUUAUAUAAUUCUUAUUGUGUGACUGUGUCUGAGUGUCAUCUUGUGAUUUUUUAUUUCUCUCUCUCUCUCUCUGUCUGUCUAUCCCUUAGUCUCUAUCUUUCUCUUUCUCUCUGGAAAUUAUGAGAUUUGUCGCCCACAAUGGACCCUGUACAUGUCUCGCUCUUGGUCAAAAAUCGGGUAGAGUUUUGGUUACCGGAGGUGAUGAUAAAAAGGUUAACUUAUGGGCCAUUGGUAAACCCAACAUUUUAAUGAGCCUUUCAGGUCACACAACGACAAUUGAAUGUGUUAAAUUUGGUCACAAUGAGGAUCUUGUCUGUGCAGGUUCAGUUGCCGGAGCUUUAAAAGUUUGGGAUCUUGAAUCGGUUAAAUUAGUGAGAACCUUAACUGGACACCGAUCUGCUGUUAAGUGUAUCGAUUUUCAUCCUUAUGGUGAUUUUCUAGCCUCCGGAUCAGUUGAUUCUAAUAUUAAAUUAUGGGAUAUUCGUAAAAAGGGUUGUAUGUAUACCUACAAAGGUCACGUUAAAGAUGUUUAUUGUUUAAAAUUUAGUCCUGAUGGUCGUUGGCUCGCCUCUGGAGGUGAUGAGGGUUCAGUUAAACUUUGGGAUCUUCCUGCUGGUAAACUAUUAGCCGAAUUAAAGGAACACUCAGCUCCGGUUACCGAUGUUUGUUUCCAUCCAAAUGAAUUUCUUCUAUCAAGUGCCAGUUCCGAUGGAACAAUUAAAUUCUGGGAUUUAGAGACUUUCCAACAAGUCUCAACAACCACAAAUGAUGUUGGUCCAAUUCGUAAGAUACUUUACCACCCUGAAGGUAAAACAAUCUUCAGCGCUGCUCGUGAUGUACUUAAAAUUUACGGCUGGGAACCAACUCGUACCUAUGAUACGGUUACUAUGGGCUGGGGUAAAGUAAAUGAUAUUGCGAUCUCAGAUAAUUCUCUUGUGGCUUCAACCUUUUCACUCACAAAUGUUUCCGUUUUCAUUGUUGAUCUCAAAAAGUUACAACCUUUUGGCUCAUCAUCAUCAUCUUUAUCUUCAUCAUCAUUCUCUUCUUCUUCCUCCAACACCAUCAAUACAAAUACCACCUCUUCACCAUCAUCAUCAUUAUCCCUUCUCUCACCAAACAAUUCAAAUUCAUCGCCUUUAUCAACAAACACCAAACUCAUGCCUUACAGAGAUUCAGUAUCACGACAAAGUACAAGGAAAAAUUUCUUCCAUGGUAAUUGUAGCACAACACAUUCCCAAUUAGAAUCAUUGGAAUCCAAUCGAAGUGAGGAAACCGAGACCGGAUCAGAUGAACCCGAAGGCGAGGAAUCAAUUGAUAUAAACAAUAUUUACGAUACCAAGGAAAUAUUUGCUCCAAGUCGAGAACUUUGUCGUACUCCUCCGCCACUCACUUCAUUAGCACAAUCUCCUUCAAGCAUGGAUUCAACCCAAAAGCUAAACGAACUUAACUUAUCUUCCCUUUCCUCAUCAUCACCUUUAUCCUCUUAUUCACUAAAUGGAAAUCACCAUAACUCUAAUAAUAAUAACAAUAAUAAUCGUAUAGCCAGUGGAAUGUGUUCCAUAGAAUCACUUUCAUCGCCGACAAUUGGAACUUUAUCAACACAUAAUCUAGGAAAUAAAACUCCGUCCAUUCCACCACAAUCGCUGAAGAUUCCACCGUCCUCCUUAUCUUGUUCCUCUUCUUUAGUUUUAAGUUCACCGACAAAAAUGUCCACCACAACUGCCCAAUGUCGUCCUAAUCCUCGUACCAAUAUCUUACCAUUGCCAAUAGUCUCACCUUAUUCAAAUGUUACCUCACCACCAACUUCCUUAUCAUCACCCCUUUCUCAUCAUUAUUCUCAUUCUCAUCCUCAUCAUGCUCUUCAUAAUAAUAAUCAUCAUCAUCACGCAUCUUCUCACAAUAUUAAUUCUUCCCUUCAUCAACAUCAUUCUCUCCAUCACGAUCCUGUUCUCAUUAAACAACCUGUUUCUACGACAACAGUUAAUGAUUCCUCAUUAGGUUAUACUGCCAAGAUAUCAACCUCUGUUAUACCGCCUGUGACAAAAGCAACCACUCCAACGUCAUCCUCAUCAUCAUCCAUUGCAACAUUACCUUUAACUAAAUCAUCAUCAACCGUACUACAUACAUCUCGCUCAAUGAGCAAUUUAAGCCAAAAAACAGCCAAAUCAACUAAUCUGGUUCAUCCUCGCCAACAACCUGAAGUAAUCUCAAUUGUACGGCCAGUUAUUAAUGAUAGUAAAACCAAAUCUCAUCUCAAUGGAUCACCAUCAUUAAUCAAUACUAAUGAGAAUCACAAAAAUUCAAAUUCAAUGGAUAAUAAUCAUCUUCAUCAUUCCACAAAAUCAGUUGCCAAUAAUAUUAAUAAUAACAACAAUAAUAAUAAUCUUCAUCAUCAUCAUCAUCUAAAUAAUAAUAGUAAACAUCAACCUCGAGCUGCAGUUGUCUUUCCAACUGAACAACAAUUACAUAAACAACAACCUCAGUCAUUGGAUCAAAUUGAAUCUCCUGUUGAUUUAAUCCCGGAAGCCCGAGAUAGACCAGCCGGUUUAGAUUUAGAUGAUUUUCUACCCAAACAUCUACAAGAUACCGUUCGCUUGGGUUAUCAUCCACAACCAGAAAUGUCAGAAUCGGAAGCUAUGCAAGCAAUUAUCAGAGGACACAAGUCAGUUGUAACAGCGCUUUCCCAUCGUCGUAAAAAUCUUCAAAUUGUCCUGGCCAUGUGGAGUACCAAGGAUGCAAGGAACGCACUCGAGCAAGCGAUAAAUAUGGAAGAUCAAUCCGUCCUAGUAGACAUACUUAAUGUCAUUACCUUGAAACCAGCAAGUUGGACUUUAGAUAUGUGCCAGAUUCUUGUCCAGCCGAUCUACGAAUUACUUCAAAGUCGAUACGAGAGUUACAUGACUGUUGGUUGUUCUGCACUUAAAUUAAUCCUGAAAAAUUUUGCCACAAUCAUCAAGACCAAUAUAACCGCACCUCCUGGAAUCGGUGUUGAUAUAUCAAGAGAGGAAAGGUACCACAAGUGUAUGGGAGUUUACAAUCACCUAUUAAAUGUCCGAGCGUUUAUAUUGAAACGUCAAACUCUCCAAGGAAAAUUAGGACGAACAUUUAGAGAAUUGUCAAUUCUAUUCCAAAAUCUGGAGUAAAUCAAAUUUACGAAACAAAAAGACUACAAAGAUGAAUUAUUAUUAUUAUUAUCGAGCAACAACAAUUAACCUUUUUUACCACAAAAAUAAAUCAACUAAACUGACCCAUGACCGAAGACAACAAUGACCACACACUCAAGUGCCACCAACUCACUUUCUCUCUGUGAUUGUUUACAAUAUCAAUCAAUUUACCUUGUCAACUAAUCCUUUCAUUGAUAUUUUCUCUCUCUCUCUCUCUCUCACUCUCAUUCUCUCUCCUACAAAUUGUAACAAUUUCAUUCAUGAGGGAAAAGUUCAUUGAAUUGACUUUUACUUUAUUACAUUGAUCUUUAUUUUUCCACUGGAAACAAGUAACAAGUAUUACCCUGAGGUCUUAUUGUUUGUAUCCUUCAAAGAUUAGUGACAAAAGUUAAGAAGCAGAUUAAAGGAGUUGCUGUGGAUUUGGAUAUAAAUAUAAAAAUGCAACAUUGUGAUAAACUGGACCAAUGAUAUUCCCAUACAGAAGUAAAAUCCAAUUCCAAGAGAAAUGUUUAUCUUAUUGUUAAUCCAAUUUUAAGAAAAAAAAAUGAAAAAAAAACAAUCAUCAUAAUAAAAAGAAAAUAACAAUUUAA